AUGUUCACAUUUUUCGUCUAUCUGAUUGCCCUCAAUUUGUUUAUAUCAAGAUACUACUGUCGACGUCUAGGAACUAAAGGUACCCAGCUUCCAGACUUGAGUGACCAAGUGUCAGUUACUCAACCAGUCGAAACUGAAGUUCCACAAUGCAACAAAAGAAAUCUUGAAGUAAGAGAGCGAGUUGAGACUGUGAAUGACUCGGCUGGUCGAUCAAAGCCUCCUCCGUCCAUGAAGAAACGCAGAACAACUAAAAGAAGAUAG